AUGCUUUCGUUGUUGAAUUAUGAUCCUAAAGCUUCGAUACAGCAAAACCUUACAGAAAAUAUUUUUGAUAUCCGAAAGAUUAUGUUUAAUGAUGAAAAUACAGAGAACGCAGAAGAAUUUAAUGAGUUGCUUGAUUCGAAAUUUAAUCACAUAUAUCAAAAGGAUGAUAUAGAUCUAUCGGAUGAGAAAAAGAACCAGUUAUGGCUUUUAGAUGUAACAAAGGAUGAAAAGGACCAUGAGCUUGUUUUGCCGGAUUAUAUGGUGGAUCCGGAAGCUGUCGAAAGUCCCAAUUUGCAUAUAUUUGAUCCUAGAUUUACGUUGAACUUUGUGUUUAAUAACUUAAGACGUCAGAUUAAGAAAUCCCGUCCGUUGGAUCAAUUAGUAUUACCUUAUUUCCACUGGGCUGAUUGGGUUGAUUUAGCGAUACUUAACGAACACUUUUUGAGUGACGAAAAACAGGGAUGCAAGGAAUUUGAUCUUACCGUUAAGAGUGAUCUUAGAAAUAGAAAAAUGGAGCUUCAAAAGCCAGAGACUUUUUGUAUCGAUGAUGAAAAAAUUGACGAAGUCUUGAAUGACAGUGACACAGACCCUGUCUACAAAGAUUUAUUAAAACAGAUAAAAGAAAGCAAGUUAUCCACUGGUUUCCAUGUUUUUCAAUAUGGUGGUAGAUCACGUAAGAAGUUUAAGAUUUUGCAGGCUAAGUCAUAUUUACACGAUUUUAUGCCCCCACCAAUGUCACUUGUCUUUAUUUUACCAGGUUCUCGGGAUAAUAAUGGGAAUAAGUUGAGGUUAGGAGGUACUGGGUUACAAGUAGGUGUAUCUCAAGAUACAAAUAGACGUGUUAAGCUCGCGGACUCGUCAUUAGUCUCUCAGUAUAUCAGGGAUUAUAGAAGAGAGUACAGGGAAGACUUACAUACUUCCAAAGAUAUAGUCAUCAAUAUUGAUCAAGAAUUGACAAGGUUGAAUGAUGCAGUAAAGGAGAAAAACCCAGUUCCGGAAGAUGCAGUUGUUGAAUACGAAAGGGUAUUGGUACAUGAACAAUUCAAAGAUAAUUCGUCGGAAAUAUUAGCAGCUUUGGAAAAAGUUUCUGAUGACUCUCUAACUGAAACAGAGAAGCUUUACAGAAUGUCAUUACAGGUUUCUCUCAAUGAGGUAUCUCCACCAAAAUAUUUUAAUGAGGCUAAGAUCAUAAGAAAGGAGUCCAAUUAUGCACUUGGUGGGCAUUAUGAUUGGAGAUUUUUUAAUGGUAUUAUUAACUACACCGAUAAACAGUCUCCUUCGUUACAUGGAUUAAUCAGGGCGUGGUUAACCUUUACAAACACUUAUAAUUUGAAUACCUGGAUUGCCCACGGUACCUUAUUAUCGUGGUAUUGGGAUGGAGUGGGAUUCCCUUGGGAUAAUGAUAUUGAUGUUCAAAUGCCAAUUGCUGAUUUGCAUACGUUAUCCAGAAAAUUUAAUCAAUCUAUAAUUAUGGAUCUUGGUGAUGGAGAUAAUAAUGAAAUCCGUUUUGGUAGAUACUUCUUAGACUGUGGGACCUUUAUUUCUUCCAGAACAAAAGGAAAUGGAAAUAACAACAUUGAUGCAAGAUUCAUCGAUGUGGAUACUGGGUUUUACAUCGAUAUUACUGGGUUGGCUUUGUCAAAUCUGAGAUUACCUGCCAGGCUCAGUAAGCAAUUGCCAGAAGAACUCGGUGGAUCAUCAGUCGAUCAAACUAUCAGUGAUAUGGAUAAAAAUGAGUACAUGAAAGCUUACAAUUGUCGUAAUAAUCACUUUGCAAGAUUAGAAGAGCUCAGUCCAAUGAGAUUGUCCAUAGUUGAAGGAGAACCUGCUUAUAUUCCAAACGAUUACGGAAAAUUAUUGAAUAAUGAAUAUGGUUAUAAAGGGUUGAUGGCAAAGAAGUUCAAAGGCUAUACGUUUUUACCUAAAUUAAGAAUUUGGGUGCUAACCAGGAACUUGAACCAAUUUAUUAGGAAUAUAUUGAAUAACAAAAAACGUAUAAGCGACAAUGAAAUAUCUGACGACGAGGAUUCAGUCAUCAGAGACUUGUCUGACGCAGACUACUUGAAAUUGUUGUUUGACCAAGACGAUCUAUUAGUUGAGUACUUGGCAACUAGAGACAUUACAAAACUUCACGACAGCGAAAUAAAGCGUAUGAUCCACGGCGACUCGACCGAAUCCCUUCUUUUGGAUGACCAGAAGCAUGUAAAAGUCCGCUUCCCUGCAUUAAGACAUGAUUCCUUCAAUUUCAUGGCACACAAACAUAACUACAAAUACGAGGACGCGGUUGCUGAGAUGAUUCGAAAUGUAGAGCUUGCUAAGAAGACACGGGAGCAAAACAAGCUCCCGAAAGAAGAAAACCAGAACCAACCUGACGUGCAGGCAAAGGAAAAAGAAGAACAAGAAGCGGUGUCUCCAGCAAAUCCUGAUCAAAAUAACGGAAUUGAGGAUUCAAAAAAACCUAAAGUAGAGCAGCAAACCGACGAGCACUUAGAUGAUGCAAGCAUUAAUAGAGGCCCGGAUCUACCACCCCUUAGUCCUUAG